AUGGCGAGCCAAGGGGACUUGCAGGAGCUCCUGCGCAUGUUCACAGCCCGUAAAGUGUCCAUGUUAGCAGCUAUGGGUCACGUCAAGUCGCUUCAGGCCAAAAAUCUCAAGAGCAUCGAACAAAUAGCAGACGCACCGUUGGCGACAUUGGAGGAUGUGCUGAAAGACGCGAAAUUGGCCAAGGGCUUCCACGCAGCAUGCAAAUCUCACAGCAAGAAGCCCGCCGCGGCAACCAAGCGCGGCGCAGAGGAUGUGACUUCACCAACGUCCAAGAAGCCCAAACUAGAACCUACGAAACGCGACCUAGACUACAGCUCCAUGGCGCCGGAUGACUUGGAGGCAUCGAUGGAGCUACCGCUGGUGGAGGACGAGGCCCUGAUACGCGACACCACCAUCGUGACAAACAGGGCGCCCCUAGUGCUUGCCUUUGCCGUCGAGGUCCUCCGGGUGACAAUGCCCGAGCAGCCACCGAGCAGCAGACUGAGCCUGGCACAGGCACUGGUGAGCGCCAACUCACGAAGCAAGGCCAUCAGUAUCGGCAUCGAGAAGCCCGGCGGAGAGGUUCCGGUUGCCGAGGGCCAGCCCAAAGUGCGCGUCAUGGGGCGCGAGAUUCCUGUACUUAAGCGCGGUGAUUAUACAUGGUCGGGCGCACCGAGCAAGGAGGGUGAUGUCGCAGAUACAGGCAGCGCGAGCACGCCGCAGGAGAACAAAAAGACCUGGACCGCGAGUGCGACGCUGACGUCUCGUGCCUCUACGUUUGUGGCGCAUGCAGCGAAGGUUUCCAACGCUAAUACGCGACCGAGUCUCAUCAAGCAGCUCAUGGCGGAGCGUCCGGACCUGGAAAGCGCGUCGCACAAUGCAUGGGCCAUCCGCACGAGCUUUGGCAACUCGCCCCUGGUGCAGCAGGCCUCGUUUGACGACGGCGAGUCCGGCUGCGGCAAAUUCAUGCUGGACAUUAUGAAGGAGGCCAACAUCACCAACUCGCUCGUGGUCCUGACGCGCUGGUUCGGCGGCGUGAUGCUGGGACCGGACCGGUGGCGGCUGAUGCGCGAAUGCGUCAAUGACGCCCUCGCCGCGCGGCAGCGUACGGGGGCGACCUUUGUGGCGGGGGAAGCGGCCGUAUGGGGCCUCGAUACGCAGGAUACGAACCCGUCUACGUCUACGGUCGGGAUGGGCAUACACAGGCCAGAAGGCGCGCGGAAUUACUUGCUGCGCUCGUUUGGGUCGGUGGCGACGCCAGAAGGAGGGCCCAAGAAGACGGUGACGGCCAUGAAUGACGAGAAGCAGGAGAACUUGGCACGGCUACUGGGUGCUCUGCGAAUUGUCGUGGAGAGCUGGUCGGGCGUGCUGACAAAGGACGAGCUGGACAAGAGAGCGUGGAAUUGGUACGUGACUGCGCGACCGGAUGUGCAGUAUGGGCCGUCUGGUUGGGGAGCUCGAGGAGAGUUGAAGCUAAGCAAGAUAUUGGACCUAAAGCGUGAUGUGAGCUGA